AGGGCUGGAUGGGAGAGACAGACAGAGGGAGGGAUACAGACAACCGAUAUAGAAAAACACUGAGAGCAACGGAGGUAAAGCAAGCCUACAGAAGAGGAAAGAUAUAACGUCUGGACAUCAAUGCUCUCUCCACUGACUGGGGAAUAAUAACAGCAGGAAGUGACUAUAGGAUGGAGAACGGGGGAAACAGAGAGAAGAUGGAUGUACAAACGGAGAACAUGGACCCCCCGCCUUGUGAAUCCCAGGCGAGUGGAAAAAUCAGAAAAGGAUUCAAGCUGUUUGGUAAACGCAAGCCAGGGAACAUCUUUUCUAUUCGAAGCAAAGGGGAUGGAAACAACAAGUCACCUGUUAACACGAGCAAAACCAUAGAUGGAGUAUCGGAGAACGCUGCACCAGAUUCAGAGCAGGAGCUGGACAAGGAAAGGGGACAGGAGCUGAGUCAAGGAGAGAGGGAGCCGUCAGAGGUGGAGCAGCUUGGAGAAUAUGGCGUUAUGGCUGCUGCUCCAUUUCGCGCCUCCAUUUCUUCAACCAGUUCAGCCAAGUCCCUCAGCUUCCUGUCGUUGCUGAGGGGCGGCCGGAGAGGAGUAGGGGACCGUCGAGUCCAAACUGUGUCCCAGCCUGUGGGCAGGCAACGGCGAGGGCUGAAGGGUCUCUUUAACAAUGUUACGUUCAGGUCAAAAGAUAAAGAGGAGAAGGAGGAAGCACCUCCGAGCCCACUUCUCAUGUUGUCCCGCGCCAACAGUGUGGAAAUCAUCAAAGAGGAUAUGACCCUCACCCCACAAUGCCAGCCGCGCUUUCUGAAGAGCCGAAAGACUGAGAGCUGGGAGGCGAGCAGUUUAACAACACAGGACAGUGCAGACACGUCCCCAUCAGAGACCACAGCUCCUCAGGCGACAGCGGGAAAUGUGAGUAGAACUAACGAGCAUGUGCCAACUUUACCCACUUCUGACCCACCCUUGGUACCCGGUGAUAACAGCCUCAGCUGCCUGCUUGCAGACAUCUCCUCUCUCCUGACCUUUGACUCAAUAUCAGGGGGUGGAGACAUGAUGGCUGAUGUGGAGGCAGAGUGGGGAAGAGCCAGCAGUCCCAUCACUGCCGCUUGGACCGAAGUCACGCCAUCGUCCACAUCUAUCUUCUCCAAACCCACCAUGUCACGACCACUGACCUCCGUUAGCACUGCUGCUACGGCAAAACCCUCUCCCGUAGCCGUCCCCACAACAGCCUCCGCCCAAUCCUACACCCAAUCCUACACCCCUGGGACAAAGACAGCUACAAGAGCUACGACCUCUUCUCCCGUUUCCAGGCCGAGCUCAAUCAUCACGACGUUGACCAAAGCUUCCACUUUGACAACUAACUCAGUCACAUUAAACUCGGACUCUACUCCAGCCUCUGCCACUUAUGCUAGCAUUAAAAUUACAUCAACUCCAAUCGCAACUAAAUCCUCAACUCCCCCUGUAACAUUGACAAGCUUUUCGGCUCCUAAAAUAUCUCAACCUUCAGCGGCAAUUAAAUCCACACUGAGCACCACCUCUAAUUCUACAACAGCUCCCCCGAACACCCCGGCUGCCGUAGCCAAGGCUCCCCCAAUCGGUCCAAAUCUUACUUUCAAGGCGAGCAAAUUCGCAUCUAUUACACCUCCUCCUCAAACUAUUGCUUCAGUAAGUACACCUUUGACUGUAGCUACUCCAACCCCUGCAUCAGCUAAAGCUCCCCCAGUAACCCAUAGCCCUCCCACCCCUGUUGUUUUUACCCAACCUCCACCUGCUAAAUUUGAUACAGUUAGUAGUUUGAACCUGAAAACUUCCACUUCCUACAAACCUUCCCUCAGUUCAGCUGCAGGAGAACCUAAAGCCCCAGUGAUAAUCUCACCAGUUUGUGCUGUUACUCCCAAACCCGAACUGGUUAUGCCCCCCAAGGUGACAACGGUUCCCACAUCAACUACGACCCCCGGCUUGGUAUCUGCACCCAUUUCCAAGCCUACUCUCAACUGUAGCCCACUGGAUUUAAAUAAGGCCCCUCCUUCCCUUGCAAAAGUUCCAGAUAUCCUUCCUUCCUCUAACCUGACUGCUGUUACUAAAACCCAAGCCAGCCCUGUGUCUGUCCCAACUCCAUCAUCAACUUCUUUAGAUAAGAUUCCUCCCCUGACUAAACCCCCUUAUGCACCAGUCUCUUUAGAUAAGAUGGCCCCUGCUCCAACUCCAACCCCAACCCCUGCUCCUCAUGCUGUUUUUACAGCCUCUCCAGCACCUCCUCCUCCAGUUCAGAUCGCAGUCCCUCAACCUAAAGCCCCACCUGCUCCUGCUCAAAUCCCAAUUUCCGCACCUAAAGAUUCACCUACUCCUACUGCAAUGCAAGUUUCUCAAUCUAAAUACCCUCCUGCUCCUGCUGAAACCCCAGUUUCUGUAUCAAAACCCCCUCCUGCCCCUGCUCGGAUCCCAGUUGAUGUAUCUACUGAACGUUCUGCCCCUGUACAAACCCCAGUUUCAGUAUCAAAACCCCCUCCUGCCCCUGCUCGGAUCCCAGUUGAUGUAUCUACUGAACGUUCUGCCCCUGUACAAACCCCAGUUUCAGUAUCAAAACCCCCUCCUGCCCCUGCUCGGAUCCCAGUUGAUGUAUCUACUGAACGUUCUGCCCCUGUACAAACCCCAGUUUCAGUAUCAAAACCCCCUCCUGCCCCUGCUCGGAUCCCAGUUGAUGUAUCUACUGAACGUUCUGCCCCUGUACAAACCCCAGUUUCAGUAUCAAAACCCCCUCCUGCCCCUGCUCGGAUCCCAGUUGAUCUAUCUGCUGAACGUUCUGCCCCUGUACAAACCCCAGUUUCAGUAUCAAAACCCCCUCCUGCCCCUGCUCGGAUCCCAGUUGAUGUAUCUACUGAACGUUCUGCCCCUGUACAAACCCCAGUUUCUGUAUCUAAACCCCCUCCUGCCCCUGCUCGGAUCCCAGUUGAUCUACCUGCUGAACGUUCUGCCCCUGUACAAAUCCCAGUUUCUGUAUCUAAACCCCCUCCUGCCCCUGCUCAGACCCGAGUUGAUGUAUCUACUGAACCUUCUGCCCCUGUACAAAUCCCAGUUUCUGUAUUAAAACCCCAUUCUGCUCAGAUCCCAGUUUCUCAACCCAAACCCCCUCCUGCACCAACCCUUGCCCAUAGCCCUGUCACUUCUCCUUCUUCGACCCCUGGUGAGGCCCCAGCUUCUGCUAAGAUGCUAGCAAGUGGACGGGCAUCAGUCGAUGGUGGACUGACUAGUCCAAGUAGCACAGGUCCUCAGACCAUGCUGUCAAAAACAGAAGAACUCCAGGGCCAGCCCAGGGAAAGGAGGAUACCUCAACCAAAGGCAUCAGGAUUGAGUAAAAUCCCUGUUGUUGGAGGGGGCAGAGCAGGCAGGAUACCUGUCCGGGACAGUCAACACGAUGAUGAGGAAGCAAGUAGGGACCCACCUACUCCUGUUCUCGAAAAAGAGAGGCCUCAUUUCAACUCACAUGAUGCCGGGAUCAAAGAUAAGAUCUGUAAUGUUGAGGCUAAUGUGCCCACCUCAAAAAACACACAGGAGGAGAGUCAACAGCUUCCCCAACCGAAGGUCCUCACCAGUUUACCGCGUGACUCAAAGAUCCCUGUGAAACAUGGCGCUCCGCCUCACGCUGCCUCACAAAUCCCUCAGGCGAAAGAACCCUAUCGUACCAAGAUACCCGUGUCCAAGGUUCCUGUCCGCAGGGCCGGUAAUAAACCUGCAGCUGCAUGUGGAAGCACCCAGAUAAGAAAAUAAAACAAUGGACUGCAUCAAUCAACGAUACAGAUUAUGGCUUUGACUGCGACUUUUCUCCUCUAUAUAACUACACAACCUGACUUUUUUUCAGUUUUCUAGACAGUGAUUCUUGGCUUCACUGCGAUAGUACCAGAGUCAAGAGGCUGACAGCACUCAAGCACAAAAUAUCUCCACAAGGAGCCGAAGCAACAAUCCUGGCUCUUUGGUGCUGAGCCAACUGGACACGCUCUCAGGAAAGGUUCAGGGUCACACCUGGACACACAGCAGCAUCGUUGACUAAGGAUAAGCAAGAUGAAAAGGACUUCUGGGAACAUAGACAAACACAUACACAACAUGGGCGAGUGCCUUUUUAUAAGGGUGCUUUUCCGACUCAGAAUUAAUAUUUUCUACAAUGCUUUUAACUUUUGUUACUCCCACCUUUUGUAGAAACCGUCAACUCUUUGUCUUUCUUUCCAGCAAAUCUCUUUGAUAAUAACCAGUCCCUUUAUUUAUGUCAGAAGAAGAACAGCAAGAGCUCUAUAAAGUAAUGCAACGACCAAAUUUACAUUCCACACCAAUCUCUGGAUGUAUGUAGCAUAAAAACGUGCCAUUAAUCUUUGCACAUGAUGUUGAAAUGUACAUCGCCUGUGUCGACUGCUCAUAUGUAACAUGAUCAGAUCUCACUGUGAACUAUGGGACGGACUGGUUUUGAGGGAGAAUUGGAACUAACCUUCCUCCCAGUGAAGUGGACAGUGGACAGCAGCUAUUAUGAAUGGCACUGUGGACAUUUGAGUGAAACAGAGAGGAUGCUGAGAUGAGAUCUCACUGGCACUGCUCCUUAUCCCACUUAUACUCGGAUGAGAUCAAUAUCUCUGUCUAUAGUCUCAUCUAUGUUGUUCUGUUUCCUAUUUAAUCAAUAAAACAAUAUGAAUAUACUUCGCAAGAUGA